GGGCCCCCCCCUCUCCAAGUGUGGUCCCUCAUGGGCGGCUGGUCUAGCAGUGCUGUGCUGGGGCUGUACCGGGCGCUGCUCCGUGCAGGGCGUCACCUUCAGUACACAGACCGCAACUACUACCGCCGCGCUGUGGCCCGAUGGCAGGAGUGAACGGAGGCCGUAAAGGGAAGAAAGAUGACAAUGGCAUUGGCACAGCCAUCGACUUCAUGCUUUCCAAUGCGAAGCUCGUUCUGGGCGUCGGUGGAGCAGCUAUGCUUGGCAUCGCAACGCUGGCUGUCAAAAGAAUGUACGACCGUGCCAUCAGCGCUCCAACCAGUCCCACCAAGAUGGAGCCGAAAGGAAAGCGAAGCUGGGAGGAGCCCGUCUGGGUGGGUUCUUCGCCUCGGGUUCUGAACCAUGACAUGAAGGCCACUGUUAGCAGGUCACUCCAGUCCCUGCCCACCUCCUCAAAUUCAAUGGAAUCAGACUGUCUGCGGAGGGCUAUGAGUCGAGCUGCUGUCAAAGACAGCGGCCCCACUCAGUCCCACCUGCUGCGUGCUCGGAUGCGUCUGUCCCUGCAGGAGCGCCUGUGGGAGUUCUACCAGAACAAUGUAGACAUUCCCACGGAAGAGCAGGCUCUGGCCCGUAGGGCGGCGCUGGACAUCUGUGCCGAGCUGCGAGUGUUUCUCCACGCCAAACUGCCCGACAUGCCUCUCAGAGAGAUGUACCUAAGCGGCAGCCUCUACGAUGAUCUACAGGUGGUGAUGGCAGACCACGCCCAGCUCAUGGUGCCUCUAAUUCUGGACAAAAACCUGUGGUCGUCCAUACCGGGAGAGGACACCAUCAUGAACGUCCCAGGUUUCUGGCUAGUCCGCAGAGAGAAUCUAGAAUAUUUCCCACGUAACAGCAGCUACUGGGACCGCUGCAUGGUCGGAGGAUACCUGUCUCCUAAGUCAGUCCUGGACGUGUUUGACAAGAUGGUGGGUUCUAUCAACUGGCCGGCUAUUGGCAGCGUCCUGGACUACGUCAUCCGUCCCGUGGUCCCUUCGGAGACGCUCACCCUGGAGGUUCAGUACGAGCACGACCGAAAACUUUCCGUGGACUUUCUCCCGUUACUCGUAAUGGAGGACGGAACCUCGCUGAUAGCCAAACCGCAUCGGCUGGCCGCCGAGCGCCACCAGAACCUGUGGCGGCAGAGCUUCCGCGUGGCCGAGACGGCGCGGCUCAGAGCUUUGGAUCAAGAGGACGGAGGCUACCGGUGCGCGUGCCUCAAGGUGGCUAAGGCGGUGUGCAAGCUCAACCCUGCCCUCAACCGGCUCAACGCCAGCCAGCUCACCAACGCCAUCUUGCUGCUGAGCGAGAAGCAAAGUGACUGGACCCACGAGGCGCUGGCGGACAACUUCCUCCAGCUGCUGAAGGAGCUGGUGGGUCACUUGGAGGCGGGCCGACUGCCCUGCGCCCUCUACCCAAAGGUUAACUUGUUCUGUGAGCUGACUGAACAGGAAGUGGACGAGCUGGGAUACAUGCUGUACUGUACCCUCUCAGACCCCGAAUCACUUCUGAGGACUGCGGCAUCAACGUGUCCAGGAGAUCUGAUGGACUCUCGACGGUAAGCUGGUGUUGAUCCAAAUAUUAUUUGAACCUCAGACGCAAGCAACGCAAAAGGUGAUAGUCGUGCACUCUUGCCGUUGUCGAUAAAGUGGUAGUUUGGUGCAUCACCUGUAAUCAAAUCAACAACCAUGUUACUCUUUUAAACCGCUCUGUGUCAGACACCCAGACAUGUCUCGUGCAUUUUAUGGUAGCCAUGGUUACGCUGUGUCAAGACCUAGAAUGUAAUGUUGAUUGUCUGUACACGAAAGCCAAUAAAAUGUUAAUAAAUAAAGGCGCAACAUUCCUCCGUGAGAGUAAAUCUAUCGUGACAUGCGGUACAAAGGGUCUUGAAUUCGAUGGCAAGGCAAAGGCUUAAAAUGUUGCCAAACACAUGAGCUGACGUGUGUCAGGUGAAGCCAAUCAGUGUCUGAGCGUGUCUGUCCUCAGUUAAACUCCUCCUCCUCAAAUAAGAACAAAAUCAUUUUAUCACUACUUCGGUAUUCCCUUGUGACGGGAUGUGUGUGUACAGAGCUGCUCUUUGUUUCUCUCAUAAAAAGGAGCUUUCUCUGCUUCCACUGCAAAUGUCUGAUACCCAUUGACUCCAUUCCUUGGUCUACAUACAAAAGCAUGCUACAACGAUUGCACAAGUAAGGCAUGAUAUUUUCACAUUGCAUUUUAGUCUUUUACGGAAGUGAUGGUGUUUCUUGGUUAUUUUGGCAAAGCUUCUUAGUCCUGUAAAAUUACUAUGUUCCAGUCAAGGUUAUAGUCAACGGGACUGGAGUGGCCCUAAUUCUUCCUAGUGCAGUGCUUGUAAAGCUUUUUUCCCCCCCAAGUACCACCUCAGAAAAAACUUGGCUCUGCAAGUACCACCAUAAUGACCAACAUUAAAGUACAUUAGAGUAAUAGGCUUAAGUAUUCAUUAAACACAAGUCAGAGGUUUUAUUUAGCAUGGAUAUUUUAAAUGUGUCCACUGUAACAUUAUACACAGUUUGAACAGUAACACUUGAAUCAAGUUGAUUCUUUGGUGUACCACCAGAUGGAGACUGCGUGCCAAAUUCUGAGAACCACUGUCUUAGUGCACCUGACCUACAAAUCUCCCAGUUCAAAUGUGGAAGCUUGUUACACAACAUGACCAAGUAUUAACCGCAGCUACCAGACUUGCAGAGCAAAAUUCGGGUUGAAAGUUUUGUAGUUGAAACUGGAAAAUCUAGUUUGGAUGUUGAAUUUUGAAAUAGAAAUAACUGCACAAUUUAAUGCCAGGUUGAAUUUAAUUAUGAUUCACAUUAUUUUGAAUAACUUCUUUAAAUUUUAACUUUUUUAUAUUUUGAUAUCUCAGCUAGUUUUUUUUUUUUCAAAUUGAUUUAUUUUUUUAUUCAGUUAAAGAGCUUUUUUUCCCCAGCUUCAGACUUAUGGCCCGAAUUUCACCAUCCAUGCUAAAUUUGGGCCAUAAAUCUGAAUCUGAAAAAUAAAAGAUCUGAACCUGGGGGUAAAAAAAGUUAACUAAACAAUAAAAUUUGAAUAUGUAAAUAAGGCCAACUAUCAACUUGAAAAUUGUAAAAAAAAAAAAAAAGUUUUUAAAAAAUCUAAAUUUCCAGAAAAAAUCUAAAUUACAUUGAACCUGGAAAAAAAACUGUGCACCACUUUAUUCUGAAUACUGAAUCAUUUUUCAAAAUCUAUGUCAAAUUUGUAUUUUUCUAUUUAUUUUUUUCAGAGCACAAAACCGUUUGGCCCUAAUUUAACUCCAUAGUUACUAGAGUUAUUGUUGCGAUUGUUUCUAAAAUACUUGCCCAAAGUCUCUGCUUUGGGCAAGUAUCCCGUGUCCCUUUUUGUCGGGAGGAGGUCAAUUCCAUUGCACGUGCGGUUAAAAAUGUUGUCAAAUCGAUAAAUAUUUUACUAUUCGUACAUUUGCAACCAAAAGAAAUACUGGCAAUAAAGUAAGGUGUGCAUCAUUAUGCGCUCUUAUGGAGUUUCUGUCCGAAUAGAUCUUUGUGUGCAUGUAACGUCUUACUUUGCAGACCUACUUAUGCUCCAAAAGACUGAGUCAUUGUGCCACAUUUGUUCUGUUCAAGCUAUACCUAAAAGUAGAUCACUACCUCUAACGUGCAGGUUUGUACACAUUAGCCAUAUGCUGUCUUGCAUGCUGUGCUUAUGUUAUGUCCCUCUCGAGCUUUAUUUUAUUUUAAUUUCCAGCCCAGCUCUGAAUUGGAGCAGUGCAGCUCUUUGGAAAUGCAAAUAAAUGCAACAAGUGACUUUA